UACAUCUCAUUCACAUCACACACAGUCACACACUCCUUUGUUUUCAUCAAUCAAUCAAUCAAUGGCGAUUUCCAUAUUUACAACAACAACACCACCAGAUAAACGACGUCGUAUGUACGAAUCAUUAUAUCCAGUAAUCACACUUGUAUUCAUUCUAAUAGCAUGUGUUGAACUAUGUGAUGCAUCUACUGCUGUUGACGUUUACCGGUUAAUUCAAUAUGAUAUCGCCGGAGCUCCGUUUGGAUCUCGUGUCGCUUCGCUUAAUCAUCACGCCGGUUCUUCGUUGUUCGCUCCUGGUUCCGAUCUUUCUCGAACUGUUGUUAUACUUCCUUUAACUGAAUUGAAUGAUACAUUCAUUAAAGAAUAUAUUGAACAGGGAAAGCCUUUAGGGGGAUUACUACUUCUACUCCCUCAAUGUUUCCGUUCUGCGAACACUCGAUUUGGUGGUGCACAUCUUGAUAAUUGCGAGAAGGAAAAUAUUAAAGAAAAGUUGGCUGAUUUAGAGCAGAAGCUAAUACAUACUACUAUCCAAUAUCCUGUGUAUUUUGCUUUUGAAGAUGAAAAUUUAGAUAAAGUGUUGGCGGAUAUCAAGAGAAAUGAUGCGGCUGGUCAGCCUGCAACAGCAACUACAGGAGGAUACAAGCUUAUUGUCACAUCACUGACUCCUAAGAAACUUGCAUCUCCCACAAUCACAAACAUCCAGGGAUGGUUGCCUGGACUGAAGGCUGACGGGGAUUCUGACCAACUCCCAACCAUUGCAAUCGUGGCAUCAUAUGAUACAUUUGGUGCAGCUCCGGCAUUAUCAGUUGGUACCGAUAGCAACGGCAGUGGUGUUGUGGCACUUCUUGAAAUUGCUAGAUUGUUUUCUAUUUUAUAUUCCAACCCUAACACGAGAGGAAGAUAUAAUAUACUCUUUGGGCUGACAUCUGGAGGGCCUUAUAACUACAAUGGAACUCAGAAGUGGCUUAGAAGUUUUGAUCAACGUUUACGAGAAAGUAUUGAUUAUGCCAUCUGCCUGAAUAGUCUUGGCUCGGGGGAAGACGGCUUAUGGGUUCAUGUGUCUAAACCUCCAGAGAAUGCUUAUGUAAAACAAAUUUUUGAGGGUUUAUCUAAUGUAGCAGAGGAACUUGGCCUUAAAGUUGGGCUAAAGCACAAGAAAAUAAAUGUUUCCAAUUCCCGAGUAGCCUGGGAACAUGAGCAGUUUUCAAGGUUAAGAGUUACUGCAGCUACACUCUCUGGACUUUCUGUUGCACCCGAUCUACUGCAAAGCACUGGAGGACUUUCUGAUAACAGAGUGUUCAUCAGCGAAGCUGCAGUUGUCAAAAGUGUAAAAUUGGUUGCCGAGAGUCUUGCUAGGCAUAUCUAUGGUCAAGAGGGAAAGAACAUCAAUAUAUUUGCUGAUAACAGUAGUUUGGCUGUCAAUCCUUCUUACGUACGAUCAUGGCUUGAUCUAUUGUCAGUAACACCACGUGUGGCACCUUUUCUCUCGAAGGACAAUGCAUUCAUCAUGGCAUUGAAAAAAGAAUUAGCAGACCAUGUUGUAGAAGUUAAUUUGCAACAUGACAUCAUUGAUGGAAUGUUCACUUUUUACGACUCGACAGUUAAUACACUGCAGAUUUAUCAGGUUGCCAGUGUAACAUUUGACCUGCUCUUGCUACUUGUUCUUGGAUCAUACUUGAUUACGCUUUUCAGUUUCCUCGUGAUAACUACCAGGGGUGUCGAUGAUCUCAUCAGUCUUUUCCGUCGUCCUCCUUCCCGCAAAGUCAAAGCAGCUUGAUGAUGAAACAUGAUCUUGUUGUGCCACAAACUUUGCAGUUUCUGCAAAACUAUUCGUUCUGACUGCAGGGACUAGAUGAGCUCUAAAUGAACCAUGGUUAUCUCGUGUAGCUUUAAAUUAGUUAACGAGGAUUAAUUUUUUGCUAUAAUUACAAGCAUGCAGGAAAUUUUGGUUAUGUUUGACAUGUAACCUCUGUAAUCUUUUCAAGGCAAUUUUAUGUAGCAAAUUCGUUCUUAGAAUUGAUUGCAGAAUGAUUAUACGGAUUCUGUUGAUCACAAUUAGCGGUCCUUGAUAAUAAUAUUUUUGGUCUUAAUUGUCA